AAGAGCGUGUGUGCGCAGUACGACUUUAACCCCAAAGCGGUGGCGUUGGUUCGAAGUGUCUUCCACGAAAAUAUCAUCAUGCUUCAGCCAGAAAAUACGGACGAUAAAUCGGCUCUAUUAUGCCUACCAGACGAUGCCCUCAUCCAAAUUCUGGGUUAUCUGGACAGGAAAACGCAGUUGAUGUUGACCGAGAUGCACAUCCGGUUCUUGACCAUAAUGCCCAAUAUCUGGCGAUCACGGUAUAGAUCCGUUAACAUAACCCCUACAGACGGUUCCUACAUGAUCGAAAAAGAUUUCCGAUUUUUUAUUGGAAGCCUUCAGAACACUCUUAACUUGCUUUGGAUGCAGAUAGAAAUGAAGGAACAAUUUGAAAUACUGGUGAACUUUGUGUUCCCGAAACUACAUGACUUCUCAUUUAUAACGAAUUUGGGUAAUUUCUGUGACGCGGAUAUGUCAAAAAUGAUUAAGGCCUUUCCAAAUCUGAGAACAUUUAGUCCCCAAGGAUGUUUCACCGGCAAAUACUUUGAGAGAUUUCAUCACCUAGAGCACUUGACACUCACCCAUUGCAGGACCUUCGAGGUCAGCUAUUUGAUUCGGAUAUUGGAGAUCCGCAGGCUUAAGACUUUGAAACUGGGAGUGUUUGAAAGGAAUAAAAUUCAAGAUAUAGAUCUUCCCUUGGAUGGAACAAAGAGCCUUGAGGUGCUGCAAUGCAAUAACUGGGAAAUGAGGAAAUGGUUCCUGGAGAGGCUUAAGCACUUGACACACUUACAGCAAAUAACUUUUUGUGGCCAUGUUGACAGCGACCUCCUGAAGAGUGUUUUGCUAUCUGCUAAUCGCAGCAGGGUCAAAUCUCUGGAGAUUAAUACUCGAAGUAUAUCUCCACACGAAUUUUAUAGCGUUCUCGAUCUCAACAUACAAUUUGAAACGCUUAAAGUGAAAGGCAGUAUAGUUAUUUUAAUUGGAUUUCUACCGUACUUGGAAAAAGUUCGUCAAAUUCAUUUUAUAAACUGUUUCUUCAUAGGAAAUUCAGCUUUUCAAAUCCUCUUGAGAUUAAAGUCACCUGAAAUUUUGACCCUUGAUGAAUGCUAUUUUAGCUUCAAGGACUACACAUUUGUGGUCAAUGAUAUUGCCAAGGGACGCAGCAAAACGUUGCAUCUAUAUUUGGAUUCUGCGACGGGAGCAUCUAGAUUUACGGAAUUACGAACUGAAGUGGUUUGGAAGACGGAGGGCGAGCAUGAGUUAUUCCAGCUUCACAAGAAGAAACUAGAAAUCAGUAAACCCCCCGAGGGAGUGUCGAUCUUUUUUGGCUAAGGCUUUGGCAGUGAAUAAAUAAAUAAUUCUUUUAAAAAAUUUCAAUGGAAAUAAAAUAUAUUUAUACAUA